UUAGACCCUGAAAAGCCAAUGGCCGGAGCCCCCGUGAAGGACGUGACGUUCCCUGACAACCCCGCCACCAAGACCCUACUGCUGGAGAAACAUGCAGACUACAUCGUGGCCUUCGAGAAAGACAAAGAUGACUUGGAGUACUGCAUUACGGAGUUCUUGAGGGUGAGUGGAGUGUACUGGGGACUAACAGCCAUGGAUCUGAUGGGGCAGCUGCAUCGAAUGAACAAGGCUGAGGUGGUGGAGUUUGUCAAGUCUUGUCAGGACCCCUCGGGGGGUUUCGCCCCCACGGAACACCAUGACCCCCACCUUCUCUACACCCUCAGUGCAGUACAGGUACUGGUUUUGUAUGAUUGUGUGGAAGUUGUGGAUGUCGAGGCAGUGGUGACGUUUGUGAAGGGACUACAGCAACCUGACGGAUCUUUCAUUGGAGACAAAUGGGGUGAAGUGGACACCCGUUUCUCCUUCUGUUCGCUGGCCUGCCUAGCACUACUGGGAAGGCUGGAGGAGGUGGAUGUCGAGAAGGCAGUACAGUUUGUGUUGAAGUGUAUGAACUUUGACGGAGGGUUUGGGCGUGUUCCUGGCUCUGAGUCACAUGCAGGACAGGUGUACUGUUGUGUGGGUGCUCUAGCUAUUGCAGGCCAGCUGUACCACGUGGACGCUGACCGACUGGGCUGGUGGCUCUGUGAAAGACAACUGCCUUCCGGCGGCCUCAACGGUGGGUGUGGUUGUGUUGGUUGCCUGGAGACCUCUGUAUGCACUCCUUCUUCUGUCUCUCUCUCCCCUCUCACGCCUGUUUCAUAUGUUUUCUAUGAGGCACAUAGGUGCAGUUUCUUAUCUCUGCUUGCCAUAAAACUAUUUCCUGCCCAGCAUGAGACUCUUCCCCCACUGACUCUGUGUGUGUGUGCGUGUGUGCGUGUGUUCCUCUCCUAAGGUCGACCGGAGAAACUGCCAGAUGUGUGCUACUCAUGGUGGGUGCUGGCCUCUCUAGCCAUGCUCAACAGACUCCACUGGAUCAACAAGGCGAAACUGACAGAGUUCAUUCUGGCCAGCCAGGACGAUGAAACUGGUGGUUUUGCUGACAGACCAGGAGACUGGGUGGACCCUUUCCACACCCUCUUUGGUCUGGCCGGACUCUCGCUGCUAGGCAACAAACAGCUCAAACCAGUCAAUCCAGUUUUAUGCAUGCCUCAGGAGACAAUCGAUCGUCUAGGACUCAAUCUCACCCUUUUAUCAUGACGUAUAUCAUUUCCAAUUUCGUAUUCAAAAUUUUUUUUUAUCAACAUAACAUCAGUGAGUUCUGGUUUUCCUAACUCUAGCUUUGCCUCUGCCAGUAGUCCAUCCUCCAGUCUUCUUGCUGGAAAACUUCCCCAUCCCCACCUUCCCUAGUCCUCUCCCUCUCCGCACACCCUCCCUACCUCCCUGUUGAGACCCUCUCCACUUCACGUUCCCUCCUCUCCCUCUCCUCACACCCUCCCCACCUCCCCCAGCU